AGUGAUCCUGCUGUCUGAAAAAUUUAUAUGUAGUUUAUCAGCGAGACGACAAAUAGCCGAUCUAAUAAGAUUUAGAGUUUUGAAUCAGACUUUGUGGGUUUUUGCUUUCAAAUCAAAAUAUUAAUUCAAGAUAAUUACAUCAAAUUGUCGGACGGUAAAACCCGGAAAUGUAUCACUUUGUCUCUCUGCUGUUGGAGCUGAUUUGGAUCUCCUUCAUUUCAUCUUCCUCUGCAGGCGAAGAAUCACUGGAAAAACACCCAACAAACAUCACAGUAGAACCUGGACAGAACGUCAUUCUGCCAUGUAGAACUCCUGACAGUAAACCUGUUAUUGCUGUAGAGUGGAGCAGAACUGAUCUGGGGUCAGAAUAUGUUCUUCUCUACAGAAAUGACCGGAUCAAUCUAGAACACCAGCAUCCAUCCUUUAAGAACCGGGUGGAUCUGCAGGAGGGACAGAUUAAGGCAGGAGACGUGUCUCUGGUUCUGAAGAACGUCUCCACUGAUGACAGAGGAACAUAUGAGUGUCGAGUCAUCCAGACAGAAACAAACAGCAGGAGGCAGACGGUUCUCUACAUAAACCUGGAUGUAGUUCCUCCUCCAGAUCAGAGAAACAUGACAGCAGAACUUGGACAGAACGUCACUCUGCCAUGUAGAGCUCUUGACAGUAAACCUAUUAUUGUUGUAGAGUGGGACAGAACUGAUCUGGGGGUAGAAUAUGUUAUUCUCUUUAGAAAUGACCAGUUUGAUCUAGAAAACCAGCAUCCAUCCUUUAAGAACCGGGUGGAUCUGCAGGAGGGACAGAUUAAGGAUGGAGACGUGUCCCUGACUGUGAAGAACGUGGUGACUGAUGACAGAGGAACAUAUGAGUGUCGAGUCUCCCAGUCGGAAACAAACAGCAGGAGAGAGACGGUUAUCUACAUAAAACUGGAUGUAGUUCCUCCUCCAGACCCAACAAACAUCACAGCAGAACUUGGACAGAACGUCACUCUGCCAUGUAGAGCUCCUCACAGUAAACCUGUUAUUGCUGUAGAGUGGGCCAGAACUGAUCUGGAGUCAGAAUAUGUUCUACUCUACAGAAAUGACCGGAUCAAUCUAGAACACCAGCAUCCAUCCUUUAAGGACCGGGUGGAUCUGCAGGAGGAACAGAUUAUGGUUGGAGACGUGUCCCUGGUUCUGAAGAACGUCUCGACUGAUGACAGAGGAACAUAUGAGUGUCUAAUCAUCCAGAUGGAAACAAACCACAACAGAGAGACGGUUCUCUACAUAAAACUGGAUGUAGUUCCUCCUCCAGAUCAGAGAAACAUCACAGCAGAACUUGGACAGAACGUCACUCUGCCAUGUAGAGCCUUUGACAUUAAACCUAUUAUUGUUGUAGAGUGGGACAGAACUGAUCUGGGGUCAGAAUAUGUUAUUCUCUACAGAAAUAACCAGUUUGAUCUAGAAAACCAGCAUCCAUCCUUUAAGAACCGGGUGGAUCUGCAGCAGAAACAGAUAAAGACAGGAGACGUGUCCCUGACUGUGAAGAACGUGGUGACUGAUGACAGAGGAACAUAUGAGUGUCGAGUCUCCCAGUCGGAAACAAACAGCAGGAGGCAGACGGUUAUCUACAUAAAACUGGAUGUAGUUCCUCCUCCAGGGGAGCCUGACGACAAGAACAAGAAUGGAUCUGGUCAACUGAGUGUCGUUCUGUUGGUAGCUGUCAUAAUGGGUAUUGUUAUUGUCAUUGGUGUUUUUGUGAUGUAUAGAAAGAAAUUAAAGUUUUUCCGGCCUCCUGAUGAAGCAGCUGAACCUGAAGUCUCAAUACCUCUGGACUCAUCAGCUAAGUUUUGAAUUCAGCAGGUAAAGUGAAGUUCUGCUGAUGAUGAGACACAUUUCAGAGACUUACGGAGGAUUUCCUCCUCAUGAGGACCAACAUCCUCCUUCUCCUCCUCCUCCUCCUCCUCCUCAUCAACCUGCAGCAGCAAACCUGAACUCUGCCAUCAAGCGUUUCUGUCCUCCAGCAGAACCUCAGCUGGUCCAGAUCUGCUCUAAAAGCCGUUCCAGGCUGGACUUGUUGCCUCGUUAUUCUGUAAAGCUUUAGACUGAAUGUCAGGAUCCUGUUACAGUAUUGUUACUUUUAGAAGUUUCUGUAUUUAAACCUCCAAAUGUGUCCUGAUUUCAUCUUCAUCAUCACUGAACACAUCUGCCUGAUGGGUCUGAUGCCUUAUUUCACUCUGCAGAACCGGUGCAGCUCACUGUGCAGCUCUAGUUGCCUUCAGCAGCAGCUAACUGGUUAUUAUCUGACUUCAUGCUGAGGAGAACUUCAGGUCUCAGGGCCGACCCGCUGGUUCCUCUGGUUCUCCUGUUAAUGGAUCAAAUGGCUGCUUUAUUCCCUGUUAAUGUUGUUUUAACAGAAACGUCUCAUUCAGGUUGUUAAAUGUUACGCUUGCCUUAAAAUUGAUUAAAUUGUUAUUUAUGAACCAUU